CGGAAACUGCUUCGCCCCGCCCCGUGUGGGCCCCCGGCGACCAGACCGGACACGUCUCGCAGUCUGCAGCGCGGUCCGGAUGGCCCCCUACGAGGAGGUGCGCGUGUCCGGCUUUGAGGAGUUCAGCCGGGCUGUGGAGCAGCACAAUGGCAAGACCAUUUUCGCCUACUUUACCGGUUCUAAAGACGACGAAGGGAAAAGCUGGUGUCCCGACUGCGUGCAGGCUGAACCAGUCGUGCGAGAGGGGCUGAAGCAUGUUAGUGAAGAAUGUGUGUUCAUCUACUGCCAAGUAGGAGAAAAACCUUACUGGAAAGAUCCAAACAAUGACUUCAGAAAAAACCUGAAAAUAACUGCAGUGCCUACACUACUUAAAUAUGGAACACCUCAAAAACUGGUAGAAUCUGAGUGUCAUCAAGCCAACCUCGUCGAGAUGUUGUUCUCUGAAGAUUAAGACUUAAUGAUGGCAAUUGUCUUGAUUACCUGAUUUGUUGUAGUAUUAAAAAAAACUGCACACUUCUUCUGAAUUCAUGUUAGCUAUAAAUAAAUGAUGUUAAAAA